AUGACAAGAUCUCAAUUACCGGGGCAGGCGGCCCCAAUCACCAAUGAGCACGAGCACAAUAACAACCGUUCCUCUCCACCAGAAGAAGCAGAACGGCUUGCCCUACAAAGACAGAAAUCGAUAGAACAAGCCAUCGACGAGGGUCACGACGCCGACAUCCCAUCCGACAUCGGUUACGUACUUGACGUGCAAGGCGAGAAGCGGCGCAAAGAGGCCAUACGCCGCAACUCUCUCGCCCGGGCAAGAAGUCAUGCCAGCCAUACCAGCCAUCAUCACCAUGAUGAUCACGACAUAGAAAAGGAGGCAGCAGCCGGCAAAGCUUCCUCCUACCCCGAUGAUCUGCAGGAAGACUCAUCGGGCGCCGUUACUUCCUCCUCGGAAGAGGACGACGCCAACAUAAUCUGGUGGUCCGAAAACGACCCCGAAAACCCCUACAACUGGCCCCGCUGGCAAAAGAUCCUCAACGUCGGGCUCAUCAGUGCGCAAACCUUUAUCGCGCCCUUGGCCUCCUCCAUCUUUGCCCCCGGUGUCCCCUCGGUGAUAAAGGAGUUUCACAACUCCUCUCCGGAACUGGCCUCGUUCGUGGUAUCGGUGUACAUCCUGGGCUUCGCGGCUGGGCCCUUGGUGAUUGCCCCGUUGAGCGAGAUCUAUGGAAGGCUGGUUGUUUAUCAUGGCUGCAACGUGUGUUUUAUUGCUUUGUUGAUCGCGUGCGCUGAGGCGCCGAGUCUCAAUGCGCUCAUCGCGUUCCGGUUUCUGUCGGGCAUCUUCGGUAGUUGCCCGGUGACUAAUGGCGGGGGCACCAUCUCGGACAUGAUCACGCAGGAGAAGCGGGCGACAGCGAUGGCGCUGAUGACCAUGGGGGUGUUGCUGGGGCCCAUCAUCGCGCCGAUUAUCGGGGGCGUCAUCAGCGACUCGGACCUAGGCUGGCGCUGGGUGUUUUGGAUCCUGACGAUCGUGGCGGGCGUGGUGGCACUGUGCAUGCUCGUUUUUGGCAAGGAGUCGUACGCGCCGGUGCUGCUGCAAAGGAGGGUCGACAGGCUGCGCAAGGAGACGGGUAAUGACAUGUUGAGGAGUAAGCUGGAUAUCGGAUUGAGCCCGAAGGAUUACUUCAAGCGCAGCAUUGUGAGGCCGCUGAAGAUGCUGGUGUUUAGCCCGAUCUGCAUCAUCUUUGCCAUUUAUAUCGCCAUCGUCUAUGGGUACAUGUACCUCAUGUUUACCACGAUUUCGAGGGUGUUUACCAACCCGGAGACUUAUAGUUUCGGCACCAGGAUCGUCGGCCUGGUCUUCCUUGGCAUGGGCGUUGGCUCACUCCUCGGCCUCGUUUUCUUUAGUGUCGCCAGCAACCGCAUCAUGAAGGCCAAAGCCGGCCCCGACGGCAACGGAACAUGCACCCCCGAGGAUCGGCUCACGGUGCUCCCCAUCGGUGCCAUACUCCUACCCGCUGGCUUCUUCAUCUACGGCUGGACGGCCCAGUACCAUGUCCACUGGAUCGUGCCGAUUUUGAGCCACGUUCUGAUCGGGUUCGGCAAUAUCGUGAUAUUCAUGGCCAUCAGCAUGGCCUUGAUUGACACGUUCACCAUCUACGCUGCGUCUGCUCUGGCUGCUAACACAGUAGCGAGAAGUGUCUUUGGAGCUGUCCUCCCCAUCUUCGGCUUGCGAAUGUACGACACGCUUGGGCUAGGAUGGGGAAACAGUCUGCUGACGUUCAUCGCCGUGGCAUUGAUCCCGGUGCCGUUUUUGCUGAUCCGAUAUGGUGAGUUGCUGCGAACGAGAUAUGAGAUUAAGAACCUCUAG